AUGUAUGGCAACAUAGAGUAUGAUCUGUUCAUGCAAUUGCCUAACAUCAGCAUUGGGGAGGAUAUUAUCAAGAGGAUAAUGUUCACUGACAAUUAUGAUUUGGGUGGUUCAUUUGAGUGGGAAGAUGAGGAAUUUGAUAUUAAGGGGGAAGAGGAAAGGUUAGAGAUUUUAGACUGUGAUGAAGACACUACAAUCAAAGACAAAUACUUACAAAACUCUACCCUCGUAAUUAGGGUUACACCCUUCCCCAGGGAGCAAACAAACAAGAACACCCCUUGUGAAACACCAUGGGAGGUGGAGGCCCAAUGUCUCGUCAAGAUUAAGUGUUUCAAUAGCGAAAAUCCCUGUCCACCUAGGUAUAGGGACCUAGGGAAUAAUACUCAAAGGGUUUAUGGUGCUGAAGCGUCCAAUCCCCAGGGGCUACGUCCAACCACCGUUGGCCAGGAUGUCCUUCCUACAUAUGAGGAGGACAUUGGCGCUUGCCAACCCUUGUUUACUAAACCUGGUACCUACCCAGGCACCUCGGGACACAGCGGUCAUGUCCUGUCUGGAGCACCAGUAUAUCAAUUGGUGGGUACAACACCCACUACACCCCCACCUUGGAUGCCACAGACCGGGGUACCGCCCACGGGGUCAAUUGAAACUACUUCACCAGGGUACCCACCAUCUAUGGCACUGCCAGUUCCCGUACCUUGGCGGCCUCCACCAGCAAACCCAACCUAUCAGGGACCAAAGACAAGCUUCCCAGACCCCUGGCAACCUCUAAGUUCAAUGCCAUCAGUUGGGGGUCCACGGUGCUUAUUUGCAGUGACAGCCGUGCAUGGAGGCUUACCCUCUGGUACUGCUCCUCCUUGGCACCCUCCACCUGCAGCACAAACUGUGGGGGACGCUUCCCACACUACCCCCGCACACUGGUAUCCUUUACCUUGGAAUCAGGCUAGUGGGGGUCCACCACAGGUAACACAAUCCAGUUGGGGACAACCCCCCGGGAUGCCGGGGGUAACCGCCUAUGCAGAUAACCAAUACCACCCAAGCCCUCAUACACCAUGUAAAUUGGGUCAUGUUUGGGAUCCUACCGGGUGGUACAUGCCACUUGUGUGUGGGAACUACCCCCAUACACAGCGUCACUUUGGUUCUUAUUGA